AUGUUCGCCUCCAACUUUAUCAUCGCCGGCAACGCACUUGGAAGCAUGCACGCGGGCCGGCGAGAAACUCACGGCCUAACAACCAGUCCGAGACGAUUGCCACCGGAAACCAACAUGACCAACUAUUUCUGCUCCCGUGUGCGGCACUCUCAUGUUACCGCGUCAGUUCCGGCUGGCCGGGGAACAGCAUUUCUGCGCAUCGGCACCGUGCACGACUUCCACCUGCACGCCACCAAGCUGAAGCCCACGUUCGAGCAAUUCACGGGCGAGCGCGUCGAGUGGCUGGAGCCUGCCCGUGGAGUCGCCCAACAUGACGGGAAUUAUCUGGUCAACAGGUCUCGUCUUGCUAACAACCUGAGCCGCCACUUCAACUUGAGGACAUCCGCCGAGACGGACGUGGACCGCGACGCAGAUUCUUCGACGGGGGAACCGUCUGAAGACGGUCGGACCGAGGCAGAGGAUGGACAGACGGAGGAGGCGCAAAGAGGGGCAGAAGGGAGUGGCCAUGACGCCGAACUCAGUGGCCAAGAAGAUGGAAGCAUCGCUCCCAGCGUUGAGUUAACAAGAGAGGACGUGGAUGGUUAUUCACGGUGCACGCAGAGCAUGGGUCGACCAUCUGUGGAGGUUCGGUGCAGCCCUAGCCGUGCUGGUGCCAGCUUCCAUCUCCCCCGGACUAACGGUAAAGGUCUGGGCAAGCGUCCUCGAGAACAAGGAUCGCCAGGUGACACGGACGACGAACUAGAAGACAUUAGUAGCCGAGACGAGGAGUCGCCAGAAUCCGAGCCGAGAGCUGGGAGCCGGUCACGCGGUCAGCGCGAUACGAGAUCACCCAAGCGUCCGCACAUCGCCCCGACCACCGCCAACGAUGCGGGCCCGAGCUCCUGGUCGCGGUUUUUGAGACUCAAAUCCUCUGACCUCUGUUUGCCGGAAGCUGUUCGAGAGCAUCUCGACGUGUACGGCGACGACGCGGCCAUAUUCCUGCUCGACAUCGACACCCUCGACGACGAGAUCAGCACCAGCAUCAGUUCCGCGGACCGUGGCAAUGCGUUCAGCUCUCGCUACGCGUACACCUUGAGCCUACAGGACCGUCGCCAAAAAGACACCCUCCGGUGGGGCUUUGUCAUGAUCAUGUACUUCGACCUGGUGAAGCUGAUUCGUCCUUCUGGCUCCGGCCGGGUCGGGCGAAACAUGCAUCGAGACCUCCAGGAAUACCUCGGGGCCGUCUUGGAGUACGAAGGUGUCGAUGCGAACGUCGCCUUGGGCGACGUGAACGAGUGGAGCAUUCAUGGCAGUAAGCUGAGUGCCCUCUGCGAAGAGUUUGGGCCAGGCUGCCUGUUUUACCUCGACGGUCACUUGACACCGGAUUUCUUGAAAAACAAGUACACGGCGUCGGGAAAGGCCCACGACGAAGCGUUCUCUCACCUACACCGGAUAGGCCUGAAGAGUAAGGUCGCGAACUCGAGUGCCAAUCGGCUGGCGGCGAAUGUUCGAAGCCUGCUUAUCAGACCGUUCGAGCAAGUACACCCAGAGUUUCAGUCUGAGGAUGCGAGGCGACGCGACCACGGUCGCAGGUCCCCGACGCAGGAAGACAUCUUUGGAUAA